AUGCAAGACCUAAUCAUCUGUAACUGGUUAAAAAGAACUGCACCAACAUCCUAUGUUUUGGGUAGUUUCAUGGCAGAUAUUGUUGUAUUAAUGUGGAGCUUAAUGAAAAUUGGCAGUUGUGCUACUACAAAUUUGCACUUUAAUAAUUUUUGUGUUGAGACAAUAUUGAAGAUAAAGAUAUCAAAAGAGACUGUUUUCAUCGCAAUUAAAUAUGUACAAAAGUACAUGAAAAGAGGGAAUACCGCAAACUUUAAAAACGAAUAUGAACUUUUUACGAUUGCUCUAAUGGUCGCACACAAGUGGCAUAACGAACCAGUUUAUAAGAAUAAAACUUGGUCGGAUUUUACUCAUAUCCCGUUAAUCGAAAUUAAUAAGUUGGAAAUCGCAUUUAUAGAAUCUUUAAAUUAUAAGAUUCAUAUUGAUGGAGAAAAAUAUUCUUUUUGGUUAAAUUGUUUGACAGAAUAUGUAAAAACUGGAAAACUCGUUUCACUAUUUUUUGAACGAUUCAACAAAAAUUCUACUCCAUCUCCUCCACCACCACCAGGUUUUGGUUUUGCAUUAAAAUCGCGAAUUAUUCCUACACCGAUAGGAUAUGAACGAAAUCAAUAUAAAUUAUAUGAUUUAUUCGAUGGAUUCAAACUUGAUUUUUUUCAACAAACUCAAAAUAGAUCAUAUGAUUUAUAUGAUGGACUUAGAAUUGAUUUUUUUAAAUAG